AUGGGGAUUACAUUUGGGAAAAAGAAACCAGUUUUUCGGACUGUUAUUUUGACUCCGCCCACUCUAGGAACAGAUGAAGAAAUCGUUACCCACAAACCUUCUAAACAGACCAUACUUCCGGGGUCCGUUAUUCGUGACAAAAAUGUUCCUCUGUAUAUCCGGAAGUUACAAACGUGGGCCUGGGAAAAUGCUGAACACCAUCAUACCAAGAAAUUCAGUUUACCUAAAUCGGGUACGCUUGUAGUGCGCAGAGGUCAACCAUUCAAAAUAACCUUGACCUUUAACCGUCCAUAUAAUUCUUUGAAUGACGAACUCAAAUUUUACUUCGAAACAGGAGACAAACCGUUACCCGGAAAUGACACAAUGGUUUGUUUGUCGUCAUACACUUCCCAGGGUUCCAGUGGAUGGAAAUCUGACUUUCUACCAGUUAUUGGUACUAAAAAUAGGGAUUGUAUUGUAGCAAACUUAUGGGUGUUCACACCAGCAGAUUGUAUCGUAUCCGACUGGAAGUUUUCAUUACAGAGUAUACUACGGUCCGAGACAGAGACUGCUACCGUCACUUACGAGCAUCCAGACAGAAUUUACGUCCUCUUUAACCCUUGGUGCAAAAAUGAUACAGCGUAUUUCCCUCCAGAGCCCCUACUGGACGAGUAUAUUUUGAACUCUGCAGGCAUCAUGUUUACAGGAUGCCGGAAACGUAUGAAUGUUAAACCAUGGGUGUUCGGUCAGUUUGAAAGUGGCAUUUUAGAAGCUUGUUUAUAUAUAAUAAAACGUGGGUUCAAUUUUCGCACAACUCAAGCUAUGGGUGACCCGGUCGCUGUUACAAGAAACAUAUCUACGAUACUGAAUGAUAAUGAAAACAAUUGUGGUGUUCUGAGAGGGAAAUGGUCAACGAAUGAUUUCACAGAUGGACGCCCUCCAACCACGUGGAGCGGAAGUGUCGCCAUUUUGAAACAAUAUCUGGAAAAUGUUCUUGCAUGCAAGGGAGAUAAUGCGGAACCAGUUAAAUAUGGACAAUGUUUUGUCUAUGCUGGACUUGUUACAACGAUUUGUAGGGCAAUCGGUAUUCCAUGUAGAUGUGUGACCAGUUAUAACUCUGGACGCGGGACGGACGGACGACUGGCUAUAGAUUUCUACUAUGAAUUAAAGGAAGACGGAUCUAUAGAAGAAAUGCGUGACGACGAUGACGAUAGUGACGAUCUUGUAUGGAAUUUUCACGUAUGGAAUGACGUAUGGAUGCGGCGACCGGAUGUUGUUAAACCGUGUAAUGAACAGGACUGGCAGGCAUUAGAUGCCACACCACAAACUUCUAGCACAAAUGGUGUUCAUAGUUGUGGUCCAGCACCACUUAUUGCCGUUAAGAACGGAUUACUUGACGUCAAAUAUGACGUACGUAACGUGUUUGCCGAGAUUAACGCUAACGUUGUACACUGGCUGAAAGUGGACAUGGGCAACUGGACAGUAUUCAAUGUAGAGGAGUCCAGGAUAGGUCAAUCAAUUAGUUCUAAGACCCCGGAUGGACGACCAGCAGUGUUAUCAUACAAGUACAAUCUUGCUGAGAUGAGUAGAAUACAACAAGAUAUCACCAGUGAUUAUAAAUACAAGAAAGGAACAAAGAUGGAAAGAGAAGUGGUUCAAAGACCAGUUAGAAAAGCAAGACCUAUGCAUAAAUGUAAAGCAAAGGAUAUACAAUUUCGUCUGGACGAUAAAGAAUUUGAGUAUAUCGGUGACGACUUCAACGUAAAGGCAACUAUAACAAGUUACGCUAUGGACGAACGUACGGUCCAAGUCAUGUUACUGUGUGAGAGCGUUCACUAUAAUGGCAGACGACAUCAAUGUAUAAAACAAAAACAAUGGACGCUAACUAUUCCACCGGGAGAGAGUGAGCAGUUACAACUAGGUAUAUAUGAAAGCGAUUAUCUAGGUAAACUAGCAGAACAUACUUGUAUGAGACAAGUGGGAUACCUCAGGGUGGAGGAAACAGACCAGAUAGAAGCAUGUGUGGACGAUUUUCUUCUACAAAAACCUCAUUUAGAAAUGUCAGUAGAAGAAACGGUCUAUAAGAGAUCAAACUUUCCUCUGAAGUUAUUCUUUAAAAAUCCACUUCACAAGACGUUGAAAAACUGUACAGUCAGUGUGGAGGGUGUUGGUCUCGAGUCCAUGAUGUUCAUCAAAAAAUUUGAUAAUGUUCCAGCACAAUGCGAAUGGACGGGAAUUGUAAAUUUGAUGCCAGUAAAGAGUAAAAACUUGGACAUAUCUGCUACGUUUCACUGUAGGGAAAUGUUUGAUAUUAUUGGUGCAUUAGUAAUCAAGGUUGAACCCGAACGCAAGGAAGAAAUUGACGUUCUUAACGGAAGUAUUCCAAGUGAGGCAACCGGAAGUGUAACAAUUCCUAAUAUGUCAACGACAACUUCAAGAGUAUCAUUUUCGACUUGAAAAAAACAUACAAAGAUAAAGAAAUAAAAUUCAUAAAUAACUGUAUAACGUAUACAUGUACGCCAGCCCUAUGGCAUGCAUAUCAACCAGGUUUCGCGAUCUACAAAACUAUAGAGGUCGAACCUUAUUUCCUUUGCAAUUAGUAUUCACAAAAUAAACACAAACUCUUUAUGACGGAAGGGUGACGGAAAGUUGCGAGUUGCGAAAAACUUACUCAAGUUGACAAUAACUUUCAAAGAUUAAAAUAUCACAAAUGCAACAUUUCAGUCCGUUCCGUCAAACUUCAGAUAAGGGUUUUUUUCCGAGAUGAUUAUCUAUCACCGACAGGGUGUUCAGAGUGAAAUUUUUAAAGGAAACGUGUAUACUUUUUAUGUUUAUAUCAUUAUUGCAAUGAAAUACAUGAUUAUUUGUUUUGAAUGAAUGACUGUCAAGAGAGAU